AUGUCUUCCAAGGAUGAAAAGGGUGGUGACCAUAGGUUCUCAGAGGAAUAUCUGGUAUUGAAACCUCAAGGAGGACAUUCAUGGAAUUUGUUACAUCUUCUGUUUUCGCCUAACGUUGAUAUCUAUAAAUUUGUGGAGUGUUCACAAGGGAUGAAGGUGCAUGGAAAGCUGGUUAUGCCAGAUAAGUCAUCGGCAAAGUACAUGUCUACGAUCGGAAACUUCGACACUAGAUUUGAAUUAUACAAGAACAUAAGAAAGGGAGAUCCUAGGUAUCAUGGAGCUUUGUCAGCAGUGGCUGCUAAAUUGGCGUACGAGAAUGAAGCGCUAGUUAAAGACACAAUUACCAAUGAGUGGAAGAUGGAGUUUCUUGGCUUCUAUAAUUUCUGGGACGAUUUUCAAGAUGAAGCUUCGACGCAGGCCUAUAUGUUACAAGAUAAAAAGGAUGAUCCUGAAUUGGUCGUAGUGGCAUUUCGAGGUACUGAAAUGUUUUCUGCAGUUGAUUGGAGCAGUGACUUCGAUAUCUCUUGGUACGGUCUCUCGGGCAUAGGUAAAGUUCAUGGCGGUUUUAUGAAAGCUUUGGGGCUACAAAAGGGUCUAGGAUGGCCAGAAGAUCUCAAACAACCAGAAAAUGACAAACGUAUGUUUGCGUACUAUACUUUGAGGGAAAAACUAAAAGACAUACUGAGAAAAAACGAAAAGGUAAAAGUGAUUGUCACUGGACAUAGCUUGGGUGGGGCACUCGCAAUUGUGUUUCCAACAGUGUUGACGUUCCAUAAGGAAGACUUGAUGUUAAAAAGGUUUGAAGGAGUUUAUACAUUUGGGCAACCAAGAGUCGGGGAUGAGAAACUCGGAGAAUUCUUGAAGGAAAAACUUAGGAUUAAUGGUGUUAAGUAUCUGGGAUAUGUUUACUGUAAUGACUUGAUUCCUAGAGUCCCAUUUGAUAAUAAAAGUUUCUUGUUUAAGCAUCUCGGAACUUGUCUCUGCUUCAACAGUCUGUACCAAGGAAAGGUUGUUGAAGUAGAACCAAACAAGAACUACUUUAUGUUAGAAAAAACGUUUUAA